AUCCGAGCGGAGCCGUGCGAGCCCUCCGGCCGCCGAGCCGCCUCUCCCAUGCGCCUGCCGAGCAUGUCCCAGCCCUUCCUGCUGGCGCCCAUCGCCGAGUGCCCCCCGGGGCCGCCCGGCGCCCAGGUCCGCCUGGCCGUGCUGGGUGCCCGCGGCGUCGGCAAGAGCGCCAUGAUCGUGCGGUUCCUGACCAAGCGCUUCAUCGGCGACUACGAGCCCAACACAGGCAACCUCUACUCCCGGCUGGUCCAUCUGGAUGGGGACCACGUUGCCGUGCAGAUCCAAGACACGCCGGGAUGCAUUCAGGUGCAGGAGGACUGCGUGCAGGUGCUGGACUCCCUGUCCCGGUGUGUGAAGUGGGCAGAGGGCUUCCUGCUGGUCUACUCCAUCACAGACUACAGCAGCUACCAGUCCGUCCAGCCUCUCUACCAGCACAUUCGCAAGGUGCACCCUGACACCAGGACUCCCAUCAUUAUUGUGGGGAACAAAGCAGACCUCCUUCACGCCAGGCAAGUACAGGCAAAAGAGGGACUACAGCUGGCAGAUGAACUGGGCAGCCUGUUCUUGGAAAUCUCCACCAGUGAGGACUCCCAAGGUGUCUGUGAUGUCUUCCAGUACCUUUGCAAGGAGGUCAGCAAACUACAGCAUGCUGGCAGCACGGACAGGAGGCGGUCAUCCAUCAUCCCUCGGCCCAAAUCUCCCAACAUGCAAGAUCUAAAGAGACGUUUCAAACAGGCUUUAUCUUCCAAAGUCAAGUAAACCUCCCAAUGACAUCUUCUGGGACUCAAUAGAAUUUAUUUUUGUAAACUAGUUAAUAAAAAUCUUUAUUUUUUUACUAAUACCAGCAGUGUAGAAGUAAGUAUGUCAAAGCUUGCAAUUUCCUUGCUGUUCUCUCAUUUGACUGGUUGGGUUAUUUUUAAAGAAAAAAAAGGGGAAAAAAGGCUGCAUAGCAACCAAAUAAAGGUAGUUGGAAAGGGGAAUUUUGCCACGAGGCUUUGAUUCCAUUUCUUUUUUGGGGGGCUGGGAUUUUCUGUAUUAAGCUACUCAUAUAAUUUUCUCUGGAGGCUUCAAUUUCCUAUUUGUAAAAUGCGAGUGUUAAUGAUGAAAUCAUUA